AUGGUAGUUAAAGCUACUCCUGCUUUUAAUACAGUGAAUGGUUUUGAUGUCCAUGGAAAUCAAUGUCCUUUACCUACCUAUAAUUCUUACCCUUGUCCUGUUCUUUGUGUCCGCAAUAUCAAUGAUUGCCCUGAAAAGGUUCGUCCUUCUUGUCCUGCUGGUCAGACAUACUGUAUUGACGGAACUUGUCGUUCAUCUUGCCCUCCUGAUUUAAAAUCUGCUUGUUCGUGUCCUGGAGCACCUGAUCUUCAAGUACCCAUGUACCAAUGUGCCGAUACUGCUAGACCCAACAUACAAAGCUUCAACUCCAAAAACAAAGACGAGCAAACCCACAGCGAAUGUGCAAACUAUUUGGGACUGUCUAAGGUUUCUAGCUGGUCUUCAAACCCUCAAUCCAUUAUGUGGGGCGAGUGUCCCGCUCCUGAUUACGGGCCUCUCAACUUUCAUGAACCUAUCUUUGUUACUGCUUAUGUUAUCUAUGGCUCUUGUGUCUUUUUCCUUCUUGUUUGGGCAGUCUCCAAGUUCUUGAGAGAAAGACUUUUCAAGACUCGCUACAAUAAGGUCCGUGAAACCAAGCGUGAUGAAUUUUUAGUUGAUGACGAAAAGAAAGGUUUGGAUGACAGUAGUAGAUCAGAUACUUCAUCUUCUAUUGAUCAAGAAGAUCAAGAAGAAAUGGUUAUCAAGGCUUACAAGCGUGAUUUCUUUGGCACUUUUACCAGAAUCAUGUAUUUCUUAUUGACCUUGGCUCUCUUGGCCUACAUAAUUGUUGUUGUUUACGAUUAUUAUGAAGCCUUCUUAUAUUUUCGUGGUAACGCUCUUGUUGAAUCCAGUACUUUUAUUGGAAUGUGGUACUUCAAUUUCAUCUGGUUUGCUGUGCUGGUUAUUUUCAAGAACCGUCUUGCCAAUUUCUUCCGUAUUCAAUGUAUUUAUUCUGAAGGCCAGUUCGUUCAAGUUGAACGUCGUGAACCUGCUGUCAUUCUUCUCGAAGAUAACAAUAAGCUCAUGAGCUACGUUCGCAGGACUGAAAGCUAUCUCAAGAGACUGUUUGGUCUUGAUGUUAUCGUCGCUACUGCUCCUUUGGAAAAGACUGGUAAAGGCACGAAAUAUUUCAUUUAUCAAUGUACUCGUUAUGUCUACCGCCCUGAAACACAACUCUUCAAACCUCACUCUUUUGAGCUUGGCGAAACCAAUGCUGAAUUAGCUGUUUUAAACCAAGGCUUGACUACUCAAGAAGCCUUAGAGCGUGAAGAACUUGUUGGUCCUAAUUUUAUAUCAGUUUAUGUUCCCAACAUUCCUAUGGCUAUUGUUCGUGAAUUCUCAACUUUCUUCUAUAUUUAUCAAUUCAAUGCACUUUGGUUGUUCUUCUACUUCGCCUACUGGCAAGUAGGUAUCGCUGACCUCGCAGUUAUUCUUGUUUCUGCUUUCGUUAAGGUGUUUGUACGUCUCAGAUCUGAAUUGCGUAUAAAACGUAUGGCUGAAUUUACUGACGAGUGUAGAAUUCUGCGUGACGGUCAAUGGAAGAACGUUUCUACCGCUGACUUAGUUCCUGGUGAUGUCUUUGAAGUAGUUGAAGGCAAGACUUCACCUUGUGAUGCAGUUGUUUUAAGUGGUAACAUUGUUGCUGACGAAAGUUCUCUUACUGGUGAACCUUUACCUAUUCGUAAGUUCCCUCUUCGUGUUAAUGAUCCUACUCCCUAUGAAAAGAUGGGUGCUGGUAAAAUUUCUACUCUUUUUGCGGGUACUAUCAUUUCUCAAGCUCAACGCACUGAACAAGACGUUCCUGUCACUGCGUUGGUUACAAGCACUGGUACUCAAACUGAUAAGGGUGAAUUGGUCAAGAAAAUUCUUUUCCCAACUCGUGUUUCCUUCAUUUUUGAUGAGCAGAUUAAGAUCGUUAUCUUGAUUCUACUCUGCUGUGGUCUUGUUUGUUUAGGUUUAGCUAUUUGGCUGUAUGCAAAGGGCACUAGUGCUUGGUUCUAUGCCAUGUUUGCCAUCUGUCAACUAGUAUCUCCAUUACUUCCUGCUGCAUUAGUUGUUGGUCAAUCUGUUGCUGCUGGUCGUUUACGUAAAAAGAGUAUCUUCUGUGUUGACCUCCCUCGUAUCUUAAUGGCAGGCAAAGUACGACUUUUUUGUUUCGAUAAGACUGGCACCUUGACCAAAGAAGGUCUUGAAUUUUACGGCGCAAAACCUAUUACUGACAUCAACAACAUUGUCGAUCAACGAACCAAACAACUGGAGCCCAACUUUGACAGACAUAUUGGCGAUAUUGACGAAGUGCCCAGGUUAAUGCAAAUGGCUAUCGCCACUUGCCAUGCUGUCACUACUUUAAACGGUCAAUUUAUUGGUAACCCUGUCGAUAUUGAAAUGUUCCGCUCGUCUAAAUGGACUCUAUGUGACGAACCUGCUUCUGAAGAAUAUGUCGACAGCUUAACACCUCCUUCUACCAGUGAUAUCAAAGCACCAGUCCAUGUCUUGAAACGUUUCGAAUUUGUUCAUGCUAGAAUGUCCAUGUCUGUUGCUAUUCUCGACACCCACACUAACAAGGUUCAUAUCUUUGUUAAGGGCGCUUACGAAAAAAUUAGAGAUUUAUGUAGUCCUGAUUCUAUUCCUUCUGAUUAUGAUGCUGUCACUAGCAACCUGGCUCGUGAAGGCUGUUAUGUUCUUGCUCUUGCUCAUCGUGAGCUUGAUCUCGAGCAAGUUGGCGGUAUUGAAGGUUUCCGUAACUGGAACCGUGACCAAAUGGAAGAACACAUUAAUUUCUGUGGUUUAAUUAUCUUUAAGAAUCAAUUGAAGGAAGAUACCACUGAAAAUAUCAAGGAAUUGAAGCGUGGUGGUACCCGUACUAUCAUGAUCACUGGUGAUACUGCUCUUACUGGUGUGUACAUCGCUCGUCAAUGUGGUAUGGUACAGGAAGGCGCUCGCGUCUAUUUGGGUGAUUAUAGCAAGACAAUGAACCGUAUCGUAUGGACUGAUGUUGAUGAGCCUGAAACUUUCCCUGAUGUCAAUGUGGACGAUGCAUUAAUGAACCAAGCCCAUACUCCUUGUGAGUUGGCUGUUACUGGUAAGGCUUUCGACUGGCUCUGUGAAAAUGAUUUAAUCAGAAAAUACCUUAUGGAUACUCGUGUCUUUGCUCGUAUGACUCCCACCGGUAAGGUUAAAUGUGUUCAACUUCAUAUGGAGCGUGGUAUUACUGCAAUGACGGGUGAUGGUGGUAACGAUUGUGGUGCUCUUCGUGCUGCUCACGUUGGUAUUGCUAUGUCUGAUGCCGAGGCUUCCAUCGUUUCUCCUUUCAGUACUAGUGUUCGUAGUGUUCGCUCUUGUGUUGAAUUAGUUCGCCAAGGUCGUGGUGCUCUUGCUACUUCUAUAACCAACUACAAGUAUUUAGUAAUGUAUGGCCAAGUUAUGAUGGCAUUGAAGAUCUUCACUUUCUACUUCUCUGUCACCAUGAGUGCCAAUAUUUGGAUCUUGAUUGAUGUUUUUAUCACUGUCAUUCUCACGUGGGCUGUCUCACAAUCCAAAGCGGCUCCUCGUCUUGCUGACACACGUCCUACGGCCAAAUUACUCGGUCCUCAAACUCUUGCUUCUGGUUUGGGCGUCGUUGCCAUAAACUGGGCUUUCUUAUGUGGUGCUUUCGGUAUGCUUUACAAGCAAGACUUCUUCCGUUGUCACGAAUUUGAUGCCUCAGCUGUUGAUAUUUCUAAAUGGUGGUUAUUGGCUGACAACUACGAAGCCUCUGUUUUGGCUGUCGUUUGUGUCUUCCAAUUCAUUAACAAUGCGGCUGUCUUCAACUUUGGUUACAAGUUUCGUCAAAGCUUUUACAAAAAUUAUAUACUUUCCUUCUUAUGGUUACUCUACCUUGCCAUUGUUUCUGCUUGGCUUUUAGCUGAUCCUAAUAACUUUGGUUGCUUGUUCCGUAUCAAUUGUGGUACCAAAUCUGUUCUUGCGCAGGUUGGUUAUCCUGUUCCUUCUGCCUACAUCGAACCUUAUAAUGUUCCUUUGGGUCACAAUGUUAUGCCUUGGGACUUCCGUUGGAGACUUUGGGGUCUAUGUAUGGGUAAUUGUCUUGCCACCAUUCUUUACGAGAAACUUGUCGUUAUUGGUCCUGUUCAUACAUGGUUGGCGAAGAAAUAUAACGUCGAUAAGGAUCCAAUCAAGGCUUAG